GGGAGAGACAAUGGAUGGGAGUGGAAAGAUGCUGAUAAUGAGAGAUAAAACAAGAUAGAGGAAGCUUUAUAAGAAGAUGUCACCAGACGCCAGACAACAGUGCCAAGAUGUGCUCUUCUGUCACCACCUUGUUACUGGUUACUGCUGCUGCGCUCACUGCUGGGGUGAGGGCCGUCAACGUGACGAGCGUGAUCACGGCGCCCCGGACGGUUUUGGUGGGGGAGAAGCUGUACCUUCCCUGCCAGGCGGAGGGCAUCUUCCUCACGUGCGGCUGGGACUCUCCCCUGGACGAGAUCAUUUAUCCAGAAGACCUGACGGACCCUGACGGGCCCAUUGUGCCUUUCCCCGGGUUCAACUGUGGGAUCAUCGUCAACGAAGUCACUCUAGAGGACUCUGGACACUGGGCCUGCAUCGCCACCGUCGAGGAUGGCUUCGACGCUCAAGGGGGAGACGUCACCGUCAGACCGGUGUCGUCGUGGCCGGGGGUGGUAGCCAACGUGUCGUCGCCCCUGGCAGGAGUGUGGGGAGAGUGGGGCGAAGUCCAACUCUGCCCGGCCAACGCCUUCGCUGUCUCCCUCGAACUCAAGUCCGAGGCGCCCACCACCGGGGACAACACGGCUGCCAAUGGACUCCUCCUGCCGUGCCGGCAACAGGGAGGCGCGCUGCCCACCGCCAUCACCAGCUCCAUGGGCGACUUCGGUACUUGGAGAGGUCUACAGUACUGCCCAAUUCCAGAGUACAUCGACCAGUUUCAGUUAAGAGUGGAACCUGAGAAUGCCUUUGACGACACGGCUGUCAACGACAUCAAGUUCACCUGUACCCACUACCCUGAGGAAGUGUUGAGUGGCGGAGGAGAGACGUGGGGGGAGUGGGGUGACUGGGCCUCCUGCCCCCCCGACACAGCCGUCUGUGGCAUCCAGACUAAGGUGGAGCCUUACCUGGGGGUCUCUGGCGACGACACGGCCCUCAACGACGUCCGCUUCUUCUGCUGCCCCACCGUCUGGUAGCUGUCGUCUGGUGCCCGGUUGAUGCGACCUCCUUCUGCUGCUCCGUCGUCUUAAUCUUAAUAUUUCUUUGUCUUAUUGCUGAGGCUUCGCGAUGUAAUGGUGGCCAUCUCCUGCUGCUGCUGUUGCCGAGGCUUCAGGGAUGUAGCUGACAUCUUCUGCUGAGGUUUCAGCGAUCAAGUAGCUAUCUUCGUUAUGCUAUUUCCGAGGCGUCAGGGAUCUGCAAGGUGAUGUCUUUUGCUGAGGCAUCAGGGAUCUAGUAGCGGCCGACUUUUGCUGUUGCUGAGGCUUCAGAGAUCUAGUAGCUGCCUUCUCCUGCUGGUGCAGCUGAAUCAGCCGUUAGCUGCUGUCUACAGCCGUUGCUGUUGUUGAUCUCAGCAUUCAAGUCAACUGGCCUUGUUGUUUUCACAGUGCCCUUUUCGGUUCGCUUGUAUUUCCCGGGCGGCACAUGAAGACCGCCUCGCUUGAAAAUAAAAUAUAAUUGAUCAAUGAGA